GGGAAAGUGACGCGUGUGUCUUAUCGAUUGCUACGAAUUAUAAUAAUAGAGGAUGAGGAGGGAGGAGUGAAUGGAUCUGAGCCCGCGAUAGAAGGGGAUGAGGGAACUGGGGUUCGACGCGACAGCCAAAAUGGCAGAUCUAGGAGUUAUGAGCCAACGACCGCUGUUUGAAGGCCAGAAGUUCUGGCUAUCUCGCAAUGUCCCGUCAAGGUCCAGGUUCCGGGACAUGAUUCAGGAGCACGGCGGCACUCUAGUGGAGCAAGAGAAAGAUGCAGAUAUCAAAUUAGUUGACCAUCUAAGAAAAAACCUUCCUGCCGACACGUAUUCCUAUCAGUAUGUGGAACGGUCUGUUCUCAAAAAGAACCUAGAGCCGCUGUAUGCCUACCGGGCCGGCCCCUCUGCACCACGGCCUAUGGGUGCGUCCAAUGUUCCACCGCGAACUCACAAAGCUGCGUUCACUUUAGCAGAGGACCAGCUUCUGUGGGACUAUCUGUAUCCAUAUGAACAGAAAGGCGGAUACGCCACCACUGGAUACGCUCUAUACCAGGAAUUCGCAGCAAAGUACCCUAGACAUACAUGGCAAUCUUGGAGGGAGCGUUACCGUAAGAAACUUCGCGGACAGCCUCGACCAGGAGGCAGCACUCGAACCCUGAUAGCUGCGGAUAAGCCUUCCAAGGAUACGGAUGACAAUUCCCCUCGAAAACCGGCUUUGCCUAGAGCAGCCGAACGUGACAGAACAGCGACGCCUCCCGAGUCAACACAGCCGCCAUGGGAUGGACGACAGCGCUUGAAGAGAAAACUGGAUAUGGACAAUGAGGCUCAAGAGGCUUCCACGCAUCCCAGCAAACCGAUUAUCUUCAGCCCGCAAAAAAGGAGAGCCAUGGACUCAAAUGUGUUGGUAGUCAUUCCUCCAAACUCGACUUGUAUUCAACGUGAAGAGGCAAAAAGAAGAAGGAAAAAAUCAAGCCCAAGUGAAACUCAGAGUAGACAAGACCACAACGGCACUGUUGAAAAUGAAACGCCACAGGACGCUCAGCGCGAACCAAAAGAAAGCGAAACGAAAGAUCCUCUCGAUUACCUCCUCAUGGAACUACCGUUUUUCCCUGCGAGUCCGGAGCCAGAGGACAAGGAAGGAGAAGAAGAGGGAGGCGGGUACGAAAAGAACCCCACCGAUAUCGACUCAUGGAUUGAUACCAGACUACGGACAAGGAAGGCGAGAUCAGAAUUACAGAUAAUCGAAGCCUUACGCUGCACCAGCAUGGACCCUGAGUUAGCAGAUAAGGUCCUGGAACACUGGCUGAGAGCCGGCCAAGGCAUCCCCGAUGACUUACCGGGGGUAUGGACGCGGGAAGACGACCAACAGAUCGAUGGGACUGAUGCGAGGGAUAUCGAGCAGCUGUUCAAAAAGCACGGUGCACAGCACUUCAAUGCCAGGUGGGAAUAUCUAGGUCUAGCAAGAUCCGCAGGCCUUGAGAAAGAGGAAAGCAGUGUAUAACUAAGAAGCAAUGGAAAAAAGAAAAUGGUAUUACCCCAUAUGUCAAGUGCGAGAAUUACAAUUCGAAAAGAACGAAAAGACAA